UUAUCAUCACCGUCCUGUCGGUGGUGCGCAAGGAGGACAGCAUUCAAACACGGCCAUAAACAGUUUUCUUUCAGCUACCAACCUGAAGAACAAGUUCUUUUUUGUUUAAAAAAAGAGAGAGAGAGAGCGUGAGGUCCACCUAAGGUCGGUAAACUCCCUUUGCUUGCCUUUGGCCUCUUCCGUCUGAACUUGUUACCUUGGAGCUGAGCUGUUGGAACAAGGACGAUAAAAAGUUGCUUUGUAAUCUCUGGGCCCUCAUUAUGUAAAUUAUACAUGGGAGGAGCGUUUCCUUUUUUUUUUUUUUUGGUGAAAAUUUCUACAUGGGAGAAACCGUGUAUGAACAAGAGACAGAGAGACUCUGAAAGAGCAAAGACCGAGUGAAGCCAGGAGGCGUCUUCAUAUUUGAACCCUCAGUAAACAAACACACUAUGCAAAGACCCCUGGAUUGGAAGACAGUGUGACUUCUUGUGACUGCCUAUUCAUGAUUCUUUGCCCUCUUAAGCCGGAGAUCGUGGCAGAGAAUAGGACUGAGGUGAGACUCGAGCUCUUGGGAUCCUCGAAUGCAGAUCCUUGAAGUUUUUAUCCAGCUGUUGGGAGUCAACCUUCCACUGAGCUUCCAGAGAACCUAUUGCUCAGGGGUAGAACACAUGCUUUGGCAUGCAGAAGGUUCCAGGUUCAGCCCCUGACAUUGCCAAUUAAAAGGCUCUUGUGUGACAGGGCUGGGACAUAUCAGACUAGACAAUACUGAGCUUCAAUGGACCAAUGACCCGACUUGGCAUGAAGCAGCUUCAUAAAAUCAAUUCCACCGGAUUAUGUUGCUGCUAGAACUUAUUUUUCCCUUCUGUGGAGUUCUGUGGUGUUUUCUCCUGCCAACUGCACACGCGUACACUUCUCGAACAGGUCGAGAGAGACAAGGUCCUCGGUUUUGGUUCCUGCAAAUCUAGAAGCCAUGCUAGCUGAUUUGGGGCAACCAGAAGGUUCUUCGUCAGGAAGUGUCCACUGCCAGCAUUUCCUUUCCGCAAACGUCAUUGCAGCAGUGGAAAAAUGCAUGAGUUCCAUGCAAGCCGGUACUCAGAUGAUCAAACUCCGAGGCAGUUCCAAAGGUCUUGUUCGCUUCUACUACCUGGACGAGCACAAGUCAUGCAUCCGCUGGAGACCCUCGCGAAAGAACGAAAAAGCCAAAAUCUCCAUCGAUUCGAUCCAGGAGGUAUGUGAAGGGAAACAGUCGGAGAUUUUCCAGCGCUACGCAGAUGGCAGCUUUGACCCCAACUGCUGCUUCAGCAUCUACUAUGGGGACCACAUGGAGUCUCUUGACUUGGUGUCAUCCAGCGGGGAGGAAGCGCGGACGUGGAUCACCGGCCUCAAGUACCUGAUGGCCGGGAUUAGCGAUGAGGACAGCCUGUCGAAACGGCAGAGGACUCGAGACCAGUGGUUGAAGCAAACCUUCGACGAAGCAGAUAAAAAUGGCGACGGCAGCCUGAGCAUUAACGAGGUGCUGCAGCUCAUGCACAAACUGAACGUCAACCUGCCCCGGCAGAAAGUCAAGCAGAUGUUCAAGGAGGCAGAUACGGAUGACAACCAAGGGACUCUGGACUUUGAAGAGUUCUGUGCCUUCUAUAAGAUGAUGUCGACCCGACGGGACCUCUAUCUCCUCAUGCUCACAUACAGCAACCACAAGGACUAUUUGGAUGCGGAUGACCUGAAACGCUUCCUUGACACUGAACAAAAGAUGAUUAAUGUGACCAAGGAUCAUUGCCUGGAGAUUAUCAAUCAUUUUGAACCAUGUCCAGAGAACAAGGAACAAGGGGCUCUCGGAAUUGACGGGUUCACCAACUAUAUGCGCAGCCCAGCCGGGGAUAUUUUCAACCCAGAGCACUACCAAGUCAACCAAGACAUGACUUACCCUCUGAGUCACUACUUCAUCACCUCUUCUCAUAACACCUACCUCAUGGGGGACCAGCUGAUGUCUCAAUCCAGAGUUGACAUGUACGCUUGGGUGCUGCAGUCUGGAUGCCGUUGCGUGGAAGUUGACUGUUGGGACGGGCCCGAGGGUGAGCCGAUUGUCCACCAUGGCUACACCCUGACCUCCAAGAUCCUUUUCAAAGAUGUGAUUGAGACCAUCAACAAGUACGCCUUCAUCAAGAGCGAGUACCCUGUCAUUUUGUCAGUUGAGAACCAUUGUAGUGUUGCCCAGCAGAAGAAAAUGGCCCAGUACCUUACUGAAAUCCUGGGGGACAAACUGGACCUCUCUUCAGUGAGCAAUGAAGAUCCCACAAAACUGCCUUCUCCAGAGAGUCUAAAAGGGAAAAUAUUAGUCAAGGGGAAGAAACUUCCAGCUAACAUUAGCGAGGAUGUGGAGGAAGGAGAAGUGUCUGAUGAGGACAGCGCCGAUGAGAUUGAUGACGACUGUAAACUAAUGAAUGGAGAUGCAUCAUCCAAUCGGAAGCGAGUCGAGAACAUUGCAAAGAAGAAGCUGGACUCUCUGAUCAAGGAAUCCAAAAUCCGCGACUGUGAAGACCCAAAUAAUUUCACAGUUACUACCCUGGCGCCCCCUGGGAAACUCAUUAACAAGCAUGAUUUCAAAAAGAGCAAACAUGAGGAGGAGGUGGAAUCUGGGGAAGACGCUGUCAUCAACAAACGGCACAACCGAUCGCUGAUGGGAAGCUUUUCCAAGCGCAAGAAAAAAGGCAGCAAACUCAAAAGGGCAUCGAGUCUGGAAGAAGGUGAGGAUGACCUUGACAGUCAAGGGAACUUAGCCAGAGGCUCAGUACAUUACAGCAGAACAAAUCGACAGAAGAAAACCAUGAAAUUAUCCCGAGCGCUCUCAGACCUGGUGAAAUACACAAAAUCUGUUGGGAUCCAUGACGUAGAAUCUGAAAUCUCUUCCAGUUGGCAAGUUUCAUCUUUCAGCGAGACGAAAGCUCACCAGAUCCUCCAGCAAAAACCAGCCCAGUACCUGCGCUUCAACCAGCACCAGCUGUCCCGAAUCUACCCUUCCUCCUACCGUGUGGACUCCAGUAACUACAACCCUCAGCCCUUCUGGAAUGCUGGAUGCCAAUUGGUUGCGUUAAACUACCAGUCAGAGGGGAGGAUGCUUCAGCUGAACCGUGCCAAGUUCAGCGCCAACGGGAAUUGUGGCUACGUCCUCAAACCGAAGUGUAUGUGUCAAGGGAUCUUCAACCCAAACUCCGAAGAUCCGCUGCUUGGCCAGAUGAAGAAGCAGCUCGUAUUAAGAGUAAUCAGUGGACAACAGCUUCCCAAGCCCCGGGAUUCCAUGCUUGGAGACAGAGGAGAGAUUAUAGAUCCCUUUGUGGAAGUGGAAAUAAUUGGAUUGCCUGUGGACUGCUGUAAAGAGCAGACAAGAGUCGUUGAUGACAAUGGCUUCAAUCCAAUGUGGGAAGAAACCCUGGUCUUCCCCAUUUGCAUGCCAGAGAUUGCCCUGGUUCGGUUCCUGGUGUGGGAUCAUGACCCGAUUGGGAGGGAUUUUAUCGGACAGAGGACGAUAGCGUUUACAAGCAUGAUGCCAGGCUAUCGACACGUCUACCUGGAAGGCAUGGAGGAAGCGUCCGUCUUUGUUCAUGUAGCUAUCAAUGAGAUAUGUGGUAAGGUCAAGCAAGCACUGGGCUUAAAAGGCCUGUUUCUCAGAAAUCCAAAGCAGGCGUCUCUAGACAGUCAUGCUGUUGGGCAACUCAACCACAAACACUCCUUUAGCAGUCACAUUUUACGGCGGACGGCCAGCGCGCCCACCAAGACCCAGAAGAGGACCAAAAAGGGCUUUCCUGAGAUUGCAAUCGACACCAAAGACAACAGAUCCAAAGGGGCCGGCGAGGGCCGCGAGCUCGACGACUCUUCCCUUCCUCGUUUUGACCAAGAGCCCGAAUGCGCGUCCCCAGCGCCUUCUCUUAGAGAUGGUGUCAACAGGGCAGCUCCAGGCAAGGGGUUGAAAGAUGCCCGCCAAUUCUCAAUGCAGAGGUCAGUCAGUUCAUUGUGUAGCCUGGAGACCAUCAACGAAGAGCCGUUUGUUGCCAACGAGAGCCAGCCCACUGCUCCUUGCUUUCCUCUGCCCAGCACGCCUGCCAGCGAUCCCAGUGAAGGGUCUGUGGCUGGCAAUCCCCAUGAAGCCGGAUCAGAAGGGGGCGAUCUGUCAGAUCAGCUUGAGAGAACUCUUCAGCGCUCAGUGUUAGUUUUGGAGGGCCAAACGUUCCCUGCUCCCAACCCAACCAUCCCACGUAUUCUGGGACUUGACGAUGCUAGGAAAAACGCGAAAGAAGGGGGCGGCUGGAAAAGGGCACAUGACAGCAGAGAUCAAAUGCAGGACAAUGCAGCAUCGGCCAACCUCUGGGCGACUUCUGUCGGAGAUUGCCCGAACCCAAAAGAGGGCAUGGUUCAAGAAUGGAUAAACGUUGAGCGAAUGAAAGAAAAGGGCAGCAACGCAGCUAGGCAACUGCAACAGAACACCCCGCCAACUUCACUCCAAGAAUCUACCUGCGUCACUCAAGCUGCGACAGUCCCCCUUCUGCCUCACGUCGUCGUGAGGAGGUUGAAAAGCAAAGGGUGCAACCUUUGCAACUGCUCGGCACUGACGAGGUCUCCUGGUGGCUUCUCCCCAACAGCCGAAGUGUACUCUGAUGCCACGGUUAAUGACCGUAUCUGGAGCAAGCUGGAUCCCAGCAGUCACAGGGACAGCAUGUCUUCCUCUUCUAGCAUGUCCUCCAACGAUACGGUCAUCGACCUCUCCUUGCCCAACCUCACUGGGAAAAGCCUUCCAGACCUUGGCAUCCAGCACGAGAACUUCAAAGUCAUCCCCGAGAGAAGAGGAGCGUGCCCGUGGUCGGCUAGUGCUGCUUCUGGGCACGAGAUGCCCAUGGUGACCAAGAGCAAAUCCAACCCCAACUUGAGGUCAAGCCAACCCACGGAGGAUGAGCUAUGCCCGAGACCAUUAGCCAAAGGCCUCGGGCUAGGAUCAUCUUUGCCCAUACCCAGAAGACACACGUGGAGCCGGUUGUACAUAGAAAGCCUCAAGCAGUCCUGCCUCAAGUCAGAAGAGCAGAAGAAAGAGACUCCUGAGGCCAAAUCGAAAAGCCUGGGUGACCUGACCUCGGAUGACAUCACGUCUGUCUUUGAGAGCAAGUACCGCAGCAUCAGCCGGAGCUUCAUCACCCGGUCAACGAGGCAGCAGCGGCACUGCGCAGCGCCCAGGUCCUCAGCUAAGCCCCUGGAUGAGCUCACGGAACGCUUGAAGAAGCUGACCACCUUCCGGCAGGAGAAUGACAUCACUUCCCCUACCAGCCUCGAGCCAAUGGAGCCUGAAGAGGAAGGGGCGGGCCUCCUCCGAAGGUCCUCAUCCAGGAGCCAGAGUCGGGUGAGGUACAUUGCUAACCGGGCCAAGCAGGCCCAAGAGAGGCAGCGGCUGAAGAGCUUAGCUCUGAGCAAGGGGAGCCCCGUUGAGGAGAGAGGGAUCCCCGAAGGCGCCUGCUGCUUUGCAAGAGGGGCCUGCAUGGACUCGGCUUCCCCCAAUCUGUUUACAUCCCAACUCAAGACCCAAACUGAUUUGAACCAUGACACUGAAGUCGUCUGUAUGUUCAAACUCUAACGCUGGGAAGGGCUGAACAAGGUUGAUGUUUACAUUCCUGUAAGAGCAAAACCAACACACAAAAACAGAACACCCUUUUUUUAAAAAAAAUAAAAGUGAAACACACAUGAUGCAGAAUGCCCUCAUUGGAGGAAAGCACUUCUCCUCUUCCUUCUUCCCCUCCCAGCCUCCAAAGGACUAUAUAUGUGUAAUCAUCCUAAUAAUACUACUAACAAUAAUGCAAUUUGUAGCAUGCAACAUGGGGAAUGGGCAACCGGGAUGUUCCUGAGAGAUGCUAAGGAGACCCCACCCCCAAUCCUCCCUGGGAAGCAUGUCUUCAGGAUCUGCAUGACCAUUCUAUCUCCCUCUUGGUGACUCCUUGCCUUUUCUUUUUGUCGGACACCAAUCCUGGUCAGACGAGUGUCCUCGACCCAUGACUGAUUUGGAACUGCUGCCAGAUUCUGCUUUAACCUUCUCACUGAAGCAAGGGCGGGGGAACAUUUUUCAAACCUAGGGCUGCAUUCUCUUCAGGGCAACCUUCUGGGGGGGGCACAUGCCAGUGGUAGGCGGAGCCAUAGGCAAAAGGGGGCGGUACAGCAAAUCUGACCUUUGUACGGUAGGCUAGUUUCUGCUCGCAUACUCCUCUCUGGCCUCUGUCCAGAUGAGCUGGAACAAGGAUGUAGAGCAGCCAGGCGAAAAAGAUUUGGGGUGCGAAUCCCCUGAGAGUUGUGGCCUGGAGAUAGGAGGUGUGGCCCAAGGUGUGUUCCGAGGGCCACAAAGAGAGGCCUGGAGGGCCUCAUUUGGCCACCGAGCCUGAGGCUCCUCACCUUUGCGCUAUAGCCUGACUUCAGUUCUGGAAACCAAAGCAGCAUUCGGGAGGUGCAAAUGACCCCCAAGCUUGUUUGGCACUAAUUUUUCAUCGAGUUGAAAGACCUGUCCGCCCCCCACUAUGGCAGAACUGGGGGAAGUGUACUCACCGCAGGCAACACUGCCUCUUGUGUGUGAUCAUUAACCCUGGCUGGGACCUGGGCACAAUUGCCUGCCUGUCUCCAGCCUCCGUGAGAUAUAUCCUCACAUAGCCUUCCCUUCACUACAUCGCUUGGUCUGUGGGAGGUUAGGCCAAAAUGCAUGGGUGUGGAGCGCCCUCUCUCCGGUGGCGGCUAACCUAUUAGGGUGCAUGGGGCACUCCCCCAUCAAUCCUCAGUCUGCCCCCGGCCAGCCACGACCUGCCCUCCUUCUUAUUUAACUGGCUGUCAGCUGCCUCCUCCUUAGUCUCAAUGUUGCCCCUUGUAGAACUCAGCAGGGAGGCAGAUGGGGAUGGAACUAGAAUGAGUUGGCUCUGCCUCUCAACGGCUCUGGCGCCACCUACUGUCAGGCUCCCUGCUUUCCGCCCCACCAGUUCCAAUGAACACCAGCCACCACUGGAGCAGCGCCACUUCCUGAAGGCAGGCCGGUGGGGGUUGCCUGAGGGCAGGCUGAGGCUGGUGGGCAGUGCCCUAUUUGCUGCGAUGGGCCAACCUCCACUGGAGUACAGAUGGGUGAAUCUGUCUUUUUCCAGCCUCAGCCGCAUUUGCAUGUGUUCAGUCAUAAGUCUGUCCCACGUGAGCCUCUGAAUACAUUUUUUUCUAAAAAGAAAACACAUGGAAUUUUGCAUUUGAUUUAUUUUCUAAACAGAUGUACCCACAAUGUGCAUUUUUGACAUAUUUUGAUAUUUUUGUUUGCCGUUGUUUUUUUAAGUCACGAACUGCAUUAGAACAUUUGGGAAGUGCAGAAGCCAGUAGAUAACCAAGGUCCUCGCUGCACAUUAGUCCAGGAUAAAGGUGCAGAGAUCUAAUCCUUCUGGUAUCCCUGCCUUUGAGCUGUUAACACUAUGAGGACCAGAGCUCAGUGGCAGAGCCCCUGCUUUGCACGCAGUAGGCCCCAGGUUCAAUCCCCCGCAUCUCCAGGUUGGGCUGAAAAGAAUCCCUCACCGAAACUCUGGAGAGCCCCUGCCAGUCAGUGUAGACAGCACUGAGCUAGAUAAUAGUCUGGGUCCUUCCUAUUCUGUGGUGGUUGGUGAGGAUUUCACCACACUGAAAGUCUUCUGCAGGGAGCACUCGCCUCCGAAAAGUCCAACAAUUUUCUUUCAGUGUUUAUUUCUCAUUUUCACAACUUAUUUAGGGAAAGGGGUUUCGGCAGCCAAUCAUAAAACAGCAAAGAGAAUGUUUCUCAUUGCCUUUGCUUAGUUCUAUAAUCCCUGAAAAAUGUUAUUUCCCCCCCAGAAACAUUGACGACAACUAAUUAUUUUGCAAUACACACUUCUGGAAUGACCACUUUCUUUUUCUUUCUUUCUGUCUUUCUCUCCCGUUUUGCACUGCCAUGCAAAAUACAUUUUUAAAAAAUGUAUUUUAAAGAAAAUUAGACAACAUUCAGAGCUAAAGAGAAAAAACUUUAAAAAAAAACACCUUGUUUUAAUUCCCCCCUCCAUAAUUAUCAUUUUUUAUGAUGGAUGUACAUUUAAUUGGAGAAGAAAAAUAUAUUGGGGAAGAAUUUAUUGAGAUGCAUUUUUUUAAAAGGAAAACAUAUUUUAAUUUUCAGCCCUCAUUAUACAGGGCUAAAUGGGGGGGUGUAUUUUUUUUUUGUCAAGGGUUGUUUUUUGUU